CCCUUCGCUGCUCAGUGGAACGAAAUCGGAACGAAUUAUCUUUUACACCACGAAAAUGGGUUUCCAUGGGAUGCUCACUCGUCUCUUUGUACCAAUAGCUCAGGCGACUCGCAGGACUCCCUAACGCAAAUGCAUCUCUCAGUCUAUAAAUGUAUAUCUAAUGCUUUCAAUUGUAACAAAUCGGAACAUUUGCGAUUAUUCUACUGUUCGAAAUAUCCCUGUAACCAAAACGGGUUUCUCACUUCGUCAGAUAUCAGAGGCUGCGGUAGAAGGUUCCAUGCUACAAGAAGAUCUACACUUUGUGCCCUUACUGAAGUCGCAUUUGGGGGGAUUUUAGACGUUUCCCCACUCCCUACUGAUUCCUUUCUAGAAGGUGGACCUCAAAGCUGGAGCUUCAGGACAUUUGCAGACCUGCCUCCAUUGCGCUAAUGUUCCUUCCCUUCCUGCCUCCCAGCUCCAACCAACAGGAAAGUGCAAAGACGCAGCCCAACUUUCCAUUUACAAUCCCACAGUUCCUGCUGCAGCUGCUGUGGAACAUUAUAGGCUUCUAGAUAUGGGACUUCGGGACCUUCUAACUGGUCAGCGCUGGGACAUUUGCACCGAGUUCUAAUACCUUCCAGGAUUUGUACUUUCUUCGGACUGGAACAUAGUAUUACUGCUGGCCAUUCAGGCAUUAGCUCUCUCCUAAUGUACUGGAAAAAUGAAAAUCUGGCUCCUCAUUCCGAGGGGAACAAGCUGGAUUCUGAAGGGGAUUCUGGAGGAAAGGUGAUGUCCCAGGAUAAGCAGAUCCCUAGGGGAGCCUCCCGGCGCUUAGAUGGCAAGAGUCCCCACAUGAUGUCUCACUCAGAUGAUGAAAAUAUGCCAUGUAGUUUGGAGAAAGAGGACCACUCUUCACCCAGCCCUCCCUCCACCCCUUCAGUGUGCUCACCCCCAUCCUCCUCAUCCUCCGUCCCAUCAGAUGGAAAGAACAUCUGCUCCAGCUGUGGCUUGGAAAUCCUGGACAGAUAUUUGCUCAAGGUGAAUAAUCUGAUCUGGCAUGUCAGGUGCCUGGAAUGUUCCGUGUGCAGAACCUCCCUGAGACAACACAAUAGCUGCUAUAUCAAAAACAAGGAGAUAUUCUGCAAAAUGGAUUAUUUCAGCCGUUUUGGUACAAAGUGUGCACGUUGUGGCAGACAGAUAUAUGCCAGUGACUGGGUACGGAGAGCCAGGGGAAACGCCUACCACCUUGCCUGCUUUGCUUGUUAUUCAUGUAAAAGACAACUGUCGACAGGGGAAGAGUUUGGCCUAGUGGAAGAGAAAGUUCUUUGUAGGAUCCAUUAUGACACCAUGAUAGAAAACCUCAAGCGGGCAGCAGAAAAUGGUAAUGGGAUUACACUAGAAGGAGCUGUCCCAUCUGAACAAGACAGCCAGCCAAAGCCAGCCAAGAGGGCACGCACAUCCUUCACAGCAGAGCAGCUGCAGGUCAUGCAAGCACAGUUUGCUCAGGACAACAAUCCUGAUGCACAGACACUCCAAAAACUUGCAGAUAUGACAGGGCUGAGCAGAAGAGUCAUACAGGUCUGGUUUCAGAACUGCAGGGCACGGCAUAAAAAGCACACACCACAGCACGGCGUGCCUCCUCAGGGCCCAACACCAACCCGCAUCACAUCCUCACUGUCAGACGACCUUCACUUCUCCCCUUUCAACAGUCCCGAAAGAGCAAGGAUGGUAACACUGCAUGGAUACAUAGAAAGUCAAGUACAGUGUGGGCAGAUGCACUGUAGGCUUCCCUAUGCUGGCCCUCCUGUGCACCUCAAAGCUGACAUGGAAGCAACACUGUCUAACAGAGGGGACAAGGUCAUUCUUUUUCAGUACUAACCAACAAGCUAUUGUUCCAUCCACCCCAACGUUAUGCUCUGUACUGUGACUGCAAUGGAUGACAGG